AUGAGAAACAUGUUUAUUCUAAUUUUUAUUGGAUAUGUUUAAAGUGUAGACAUUUGUGUUUAAUAAACUACUUAUGAAUAGUGUAUUAACUUGAAAGGAGAAUAAUGUAAAUGGAAUGGUUAAUAUUGCAGAUGGUCAAAUAAUUAUUUAUUUGGAUGCGAUCCAACUUUGAAUGAAAAACUAUGCACCAAAUAAAUUGGGAAAUUAGAUGGUACAAUAGCAAUGUGUAUAUUUGAUAAGACUUGUCACAUUAUUUAUGAAUAAUAUUUUCUAAAAUGUUCAGAUAAAUUAUCAAAGUCUGCAUGUCUAUCUAUAACAAAUCCAGAUUAAUUAUGUAAAUGGGAAGAUGAUUAAUGCAUGAAUUUAAAUUAAACAGAAUUUAACAAUAUUAAUGCUAUAUUUUAAAAUUUAGAAUUGAGUGCAUCAGUUUGUAGUAGAAUAACAGGAUUUUUGAUUAUUCAUCAUUCAAUAUUAUGGAAACUUUUAGAAUAUUCUCCAGAUAUUUUAAGAGAAGCAUAAAGAAAAGUUGAAAUAGAAGCAGGAGUUGAAUUCUAGGAAUCUAAAACUUAUUAGGAUUCAAAUUUGAAAGAUAAUUUUAUUGAUUCUAAUGGAAUGUUCAUAUGGUAUACAUUAUCAACAAAGUAAUCUAUAUCUGACAGUAAAAUUUAAUUAUUAACUUAGCAAAACUUAAUGAUUUUCAAAGAUAUGGUUGCAUUGCUUAAGAAAUCUUAAUUGAAAAUAGAUUUAUAAAGUUAUUUAGUUUAAGUGGAACAAUAAGAGGAGUAAAUCAUGUUUAUUGCAAAUAUUUGAAUGUCCAUCCUACAAAUGCCAUCUUUACUGUUUUUACUAAAUUUGAAUGUUUACCAACAACAGAAGAUUAAUUAUAGGAUGAAUCCUAUAUCAAUAAAAAUUAAUUAUAAUGUUAAGAUAUGAGUGGUAUAGUAUGUUAAAGAUUCAAGAGUUCUGAGAUUAAAUGUGUAAUUGAUUAUACUUAGGAAUUCUAAUGCAGAAAUACUAAUAUUAUUGUAGAGAUUGAUGAAUGUAAAACAUUAAGUGGUACUGCUACUCAUUAUAAUUGUGCAUUUGUGAUACAAUAAUAUUGUUAUUUAGAUAUUUCUACUUCAAAAGGGUAAUGUUCAUAAUAAUGUUCAGAUUUGACAUCUAAAUCUUAAUGUGA